AUGCAGGCUGCUUCUACAAACAUUUGUGAAAGAAUGGGUCACUCUCAGGAGCUCAGUGAAUUCAAGCGUGGGACCGUGAUAGGUUGCCACCUGUGCAAUAAGUCCACUUGUAACAUUUCCUGGCUACUAAAUAUUCAACAGUCAACUGUUAGUGGUAUUAUAACAAAGUGGAAGCAACUGGUUACAACAGCAACUCAGCCACAAAGUGAGCAGGGUCAGCGCAUGCUGAAGCGCACAGUGCGCAGAAAUCACUGUCUGCAGAGUCAAUAGCUAAAGACCUCCAAGCCU